UUCCCCCCGGCUCUCCUAGCGGCUUUACGUUGUCCUGGAUCCGGGGACCAUCUUGCCCUGGAAACCUCUGCCCAGGACCGGUGUUUGCUGCCCUAGAGCUGCAGCGGGCGAGCCGUUUUCGCUGCCUGAAGGUUCCUUCGCAGGGGCUCCCUUUGAGCUGGGUGAAUUUGGGCAGCAGCGACUGAAGCUCGAAGAGGUCCCCUCCUUCCCCUCCCCAAAGUAACAAAGCCCCGCCGGAGGAGCCACGGCCUACUUUUGUUGUCUUCAGCCCGCUCUUUGUAUCCGAUGCAGAGUGAGAUGACUGUGACUGUGCCUUUUAACUCUUCAGCUGACGCACAAGAAGUGUUUGUUUAAUGAAUGACCUAUCUAUUUAGGAUCUAUUUAGACCUGAGGAUAACCCUUUGAAUUGCUAAGAGUUCACUGGGUCUAGCCCUUAGUGUUGAUUUCAGUAUGUUGCGACGAAAACCAACCCGCCUGGAGCUGAAGCUUGAUGACAUUGAAGAGUUUGAAAGCAUUCGAAAAGACUUGGAGACCCGUAAGAAACAAAGGGAAGAUGUGGAUGUCGUAGGAGGCAGUGAUGGAGAAGGGGCCAUAGGGCUCAGCAGUGACCCCAAGAGUCGGGAACAAGUGAUUAAUGAUCGAAUUGGUUAUAAACCUCAAGCCAAGCCCAACAAUCGUUCAUCUCAAUUUGGAAGUUUUGAAUUUUAGAGUUGGAUUAUCUUGCUUGCUAGAGCCCUGGAAUGGUGUAAAAUGAUGGCAGAAGUACAAAUGAGGUCCAGGGAUUUGAGCUUGUAGUCAAGCAGAAUGUUUACCUCCCGCAGAGAGAAAUACUUCUGCAUGAGAUUACUGAUGCUUACCUUUCACUCGAAGCCGAAAUCUAAACUCUGGUUUGUCUCUGGAGAAUUUGACUCUGUAAAACUUGUCUGAUUUUUGUUUUUAAAAAUAAAUAUAUUUUUGGAAAAGUA